AUGCCUAUUCAUGAACUAGGGUACGAUAAUCCUGGAUUUGUUAUCAAUUACAAUGUUCCAUCAUCAUCGUGUUCAAUUCGAAAGAUCAGUUGUGAACAGCCGAUCAAUAAUAACAGUAAUAAACUUGUUCGACGCCAGCCAAUGUCGAAUUCUGGCAAUGAGAAUUUAUUUGAUGUGAAAUACAAAGUUUUGCUUCUUGGUGAUGCAACCGUCGGUAAAACUUCAUUGCAGCGUUUUGCAGCUGGAAAAGACUUUCGACCAACUAUUGGUUCUACGAUCGGUGUGGACUUUGUCAAUAAGAUUGUUCCAGUUGAAAAGGCGAGAAUUAACCUACAAAUAUGGGAUACAGCUGGUCAACGAAAUUUUCGAACAUUGGGUAGAAGUUAUUAUUCUUCAACGAAGGCAUUUAUACUGGUUUAUGAUGUUACAAAUGAAGAAACAUUCCAUUUAAUUAAAGAAUUCUGUGAUUUAAUCGAACAAGCUGAUUUAGAUACAGAACGAAGAUAUUUAGUUGCCAAUAAAAUCGAUUUAAUGCACAAUCGAGUCGUCGAUGAAGAAGAAGGACGACGAUUUGCUCUACGGAAUAGUAUGGCUUAUUUUGAAACAAGUUGUAAAACAGGUGAAAAUAUUGAUGAUCUACUCGAACAAGUAGCUUCUGAUCUUGUUCGACAACACAAUGCCAAAAUCCUCGAAUCACACAGACCGAUCAAGGAAAACUUUGCAUUCAAUUACCGAUCUUCGCCUAUACCAACAAGCGAAGUUCGCGAAAAUACUAUCAAACGAUCGGCAUUUCCAUCCGAACCUUUAUUCUAUCAACCGGCGAAUAAACGUUCACGUUUUUCAUUUCGUCGUUUACUAAUCUGUUGUAAUCCAAGAAAAACAACAGCUACAAUGGAUUGA